GCAAUAAAAUAAUUUUUCAAAAAUUUUGGAAAAAUGGUGUCUGCCCUCAAAUGCAGUUUGGCCGUGGCCAUUAUGAUUAGUCUGGCCUGUUCGGCCUAUGCCAUUAAGUGCUACCAAUGCGAGUCGCUUACCACGCCGAAAUGCGGCCUGAAGUUCGAGGAGGAUGAGACUUUGUUGAUUGAUUGCGCCAAGAUUGGGCCACCGCGCAGUCUGCAAUCCUUCUUCCCACUCCAGAAUGCCACUGGCUGCAUCAAGAAGACGCUCGAGAGCGUUGUGGGACAUCCGCAGAUCGUGCGCAGCUGCUACUUUGGAGAUGUCAGCAACAUUCAGAGCGGCUGCCAGUCGGAUCCCUCUCUGCCCUUCGUCAAGCAAAUCGGCUGUGAUGUGUGCACCAAGGAUGAAUGCAACGGCUCCUCCUCCAUCGUCCCCGUUGCAGGUGCCAUCGUGCUGUUCUUUGCCGCGGCUCGUCUGCUGGCCUAGAUUGAUCUCUAGUGUUUGGCUAUAGUUUUUAGCUCCUGCUCGUAUUUAAGUACUUCUUCUGCAUCAGUUGUCAUUUUGAUUUGCCUCAUAGUUGUGACAUAUUCUCGUUUAAAUUUGUGCUUAUUCCAUAUGCAAUUGCAAUUUAAUAAACUAUGGACCAGUUACAAA